AUAAUUUUUUUUUAAUCAACUAUCAACAGUAUGACGUUGUAUACAAGAAUGAGUUCUGUGACGUGUAUUGAUUACUCAACCGAUAUCGUUUCUAGGUUCAAACUUACACACCGCUUAAAAUAUUGCUUCAAAAAUUUAAGAUUUAGUAUUCAAAUAAAGUUUUUGUGCUUCAGUUUAACAUAAAGAUUUAAAUUAAGAUCAAAAUGAAAUCAUAUUUCUUACUUCUGUUGUUCAGUUCGUACAUAUUGAAUUUGGUUCAAUGUUUAUAUUUUCAUAUUGGCGAAACGGAACGAAAAUGCUUUAUAGAAGAAAUUCCUGAUGAAACUACCGUAGUUUCUCAUUACAAAGUAGAAUUAUUUGACGUAAGGACAGGGGGCUUUACACCACCUACACCAGGCAUUGGUAUGAAUGUUGAAGUAAAAGAUCCAGAUAUGAAAAUUAUUUUAUCCCGUGUAUACAGUUAUGAAGGAAAAAUUUCAUUUACGUCUCAUAUACCUGGUGAACAUAUUAUAUGUUUGUAUUCAAAUACAACUGCAUGGAUUGGAGGUACACAAUUGAGAGUUCAUUUGGAUAUUCAAGUCGGUGACCAGGCUAUUGAUUAUGCUCAAGUAGCCCAAAAAGAAAAGUUAUCAGACUUACAACUUAGAAUUAGACAAUUAGUUGAACAAGUUGAACAGAUUAUCAAAGAACAAAGCUACCAAAGAUUCCGCGAAGAAAGGUUUCGUCAAACAAGUGAAAGUACUCAUCAACGAGUGUUUUGGUGGUCCCUUACACAGUUAUUCAUAUUGUUAGUUAUGGGAUUCUGGCAAAUGAAACAUUUGAAAAGUUUCUUUGAAGCUAAGAAACUUGUUUAAAUAAAUACUUACUAUUUGAAUGUUGUAAAGAAAAUACAAUACUACCUUAAAAUGUAUUUUUGUACAUUUUGUACAUAAACAAAAAUUGUAUUCUCUAUUAUUAUUAUUAAUUCGUGA